GAGAUAUUGGAACUCGAAUCGGCGUGUCGUGUUUUGCGGGGUUAUAGAUUUGUUUUCCAUAUCGAGAAGAAAAGAGUUUAGAGAUAGAAAUCGCAAUCCAAAGGAAUAUUACGAGUGGUAAAAUGAGCUUUUUUGGGACCUUAAGCGCCAUCCUCCGGAUAGUGAGCGGCGGGGGAAAAAUAAUUGGAAAAAUGAGUAUGUGGGUAUUUCCCCUUGGUGACUAACAACUGGCAAAUUCCAGUGUUUCAUCAAAGAAAAAAGAGAGAGGGAGGGAGAAGGAAGAAGGAACCAACUAAAAGUAUUUCGUAUAUCAAUCAGUUGUAGCAUUUGGCCGCUUGCAAGCUUCGGGAUUGGCUAUGAAUUACGAAAUAUGGAACGUCCAAUUCUGAAAAAAGAAGCUGCGAGAUUCUCGGAAAAUGCACCUUCCUACUUGUAAACAUUUGCUAUAUCUUCAAAUAUAUCGCCAUCAACGAGUUAAACAUGAAUACAAUCGUUGUAUUUUGCUCACAAUAAAUUCCUUUGGUGCUUGCUUUGCUACAAUCUUGCUCUUUUGCUCAAUUUUGACCACAUUUUGCUCACGAUGGUUUAUAUCUCUCCUUUCUCAACUCCGACUGCAACUCCGACUGCAACAAGCGAAACACCGCUUCGACCACAAACAAACGAUACAUCACCAUGGUCAGAAAUUUCGAUGGAGAACUGGCGGAAUGAUGUGGAUUUCAGCAGUCCACCACCAGCUUACGACGAGGAGGCGCAGCCAGAGACGCAUCACAGGCUUUAUAAAGCCAACCUAGAGAACCUCCACAAAGCCAUAUGGCUCACUGUAUUGUUAAUGAUUUGUUUUUGGUUCUGGUUGAGUCAACAACCGCAAGAGGUACGCUUCUAUCAAUACGACACCGGGAUCUCCACAGUGAGACCAGCAUUGGGCGGGCUUCAGUUUAUCGACGCAGGUCAUCCUUACAUACGUGUAUGUUAUCAUAUAGACCUGUAAGUAGUGCCGUGCUAACAAAAUGCAGUACGUGGGACGCUGGUCUUCGACUUUGGAUGGAAUGAGAAAAGAUGGAUCUUUUCCAGGCAUUUUCCCCUGUUACUUCACCCGUGACUUGCUAACUGAGUCUUCUCAGGCAUUUAUCUCGAUAUUGCCUUUAACGGAAGUAGUACCAUUCUAAUAUCCCUCCAUAACUCGGAACAAAAAGCACAUGACAAAAGAACAAGUUUACAGAAUAAAACGGCGAAAUCUGGACUCCCACCAUUGUUGGAUCACACGAGCGCGGAGCCUAUCUCUUUGCUUACCCAAGUUGAUGAUGAAGAAUAUGUCAUACUUCCAAACGCAACAUCGCUCGUGGCUAUUCGAACAAAAGAUCUCGAUCCUCAUGCUCGGCAUCUCAUCCGAAUAAUUGCACCAAUGGUCGGCAGGGACACAGUAGAAACGUUUCAAUUUCUGGGAGUCUGGCUAGACGAAGAUGGGCAACUCAUUCCAGUACAAGAUCCAAUGGUGCCCACCACAAAAGCACAAUUAUACACAAAAGAUAUUGCGAAUGAAGAGUUCGGUUUUCCCAUAAAUGGCCUACCUCGACAAAAUACCCCGCAGCGCAAGAUGUUGGAGAUUCUUACGGAUCUACCUGGUUCUAUGACAGGUCUAGACAGGCGAAAGCAUCGAAUAGCUUCCAAUCUUGCAAAUGGAAUAUUGGGGGGCGUGAUGGGCUGGGAAUAUUUGACGGGUGAGAUGUUUGGCAGUGAUCAUGUAACUAUUGGAAUGGAUGGGAUGUGCCUGGUACAAGAUUGUAUCGGCGGUAGAGGCACUCCGGCAGGAUUGGCAGAUGUAUUUUUCCAAAGGUAACUCCAUCAACACCAACGCCUAAAAGCUUGCUAAUUACCACAGCGGACCACUUGGUUCUGGGCAAUAUGCGCAACCAUGGCUCUUUCAAUCCUAUAUUCCUGAUGUAAUGGUAAGUGAUAUCUCUCCCUUGUACUUACACAAAGUAGAUGGGCCUAAAUUGCUUAGAUUCUCAACAUCGGUAAUGCCGACUGGGAGUCAUUCCGAAUAUAUAAUGAACAAUACAAUCUGACGACGUGGGAAUUGAGCGUGCUUUUUGAAGAAACCUAUGUUUCCCUAAUCAGAGCAAUCAGAACCUUGGCAUAUCCCAAGUACUCCUCCACUAUGGCCGAGACCGCGCAGUACGAUUAUCCCCAACAUAGAGCGGUUGAUAUACCGAUAUUUGUGAUGAGACCAUUUCGCGGACAGCUAGAACAAUCAACACACUCUGUAGUUGAUCGGCUCCAAUUUGAGGGGGAUAAAUCUGUAUUCUGGCUUGAUACCUCAGGUUGGCUGAAUACCGAUCUUGAUUUUGAGGGACGGCCAGAGGAUCAAGAUUUUUUCCUUGACGGUGAAAAUAACCCAUUGUUCUCAAUUCCAAUUACUGAUAUCAAAUAGAAGAAAGCCCUCGGAAGGAAUGGCGUCUGACGGAGCGGGGAAACCAGCGUGUUGCAAUCCUGCUACACAUGCAUGUUUGCAGAUAUCUUGCACAAGAAGCCGAAAAAUGUGCAUUCUUAGCUCCGGAGGCAUAUCAGGGUGGAAAUGUUGAUCCGGUUGCAAUGCAUUUCGAUGAAUAUAUGAGAGAUGAGAAAGAGAGGAGGUUGAAAAAGCUAUUCUGGGUAUCCCCGGAGGAUGAAGAAAAGGUCUGAAUCAAAUAAGCGCAAUGAUGAAGAUAUGAAAGAUGAAGAGUCUUUGGAAUUGUCAUUAGUACCUAAUUCAUAUUUUGCAAAUUUUGACAAUGGGUAUAUUUUUCUGGUUAUCCUUUGGAAGUAUUGAGACUAAAAAUUUCUGAUAAAAGUAUAGCCUGAGAUCUCGGUAAAGAAAACUUUAAUCCUGAUUUUAUAAAAUCUUAAUAAUUUUAUCAAAUAUUUCAAAAAAAUUCUAAUAUAAUCUUUCUAAAAAUGAAUAUAGAUUUUAUAAUAUUUCUGAAUUUUCAAUAUUUUUAUAAAUUUGAAAAGAUUAAUAUAAACAAAUAUAUAAAAGAAUUAUAAUUUAAUUUAUCAUUAUCAAAGAUUGAAUUUAUAAUUUUUAAUUUUGUAUUAUUUAUUAUUUGAUUUUUUUAAAAGAUAAACUUUGAUUUAUUAAAAUAUAUCUUUUAUCAAAAGUAUAAUUAAAUUUAUUUAGAUUUGAUUAUAUAUUAAUAUAUAAAUAAAUAUAUAUAUAUAUAUAUAUUAAUUUUUGAAAAUUAAUAAUUAUAUAUUUAUUAAAUUUGUUUUUUUUAAAUCAAUAUUAUUAUAAUUUAUUUAUAUCUUGAUUUAUAUAAAGAGUUUAAAAAGUUAUUUAAUAAUUAAUAUCAGACAAAUUUAUAUAUUUCAAAAUGAUCAAUAUAAGAUUUUAUUAUAAAUUAAAAAUAUACUCUUUAUAUAAAAUAAAACUGAAUUAUAAUAAAAUAUAAUAUAAGAAUUUUUACUAGAUUAUAUAUUAUAAUUAUAUAUAUAAUUAUAUACUUUUAUUACAAUGAUUUAUCAAAAAGAUUUAUUAAUUAUUAA